CAUGCUGCCAGCCAAAUGCCGGGAAAAGGUCCUCGGAGGCUUCAUGCGCCCUCCUCAGCUCCUCUCCAGGCUCGGCAAACAGAGCACAAGUGGUACUUGGCAGCGGGGGCAGCCCCAGCCUCCUCCCACCCACCCGGGGCCCCUAUAAAUCCCCCCGGCUCCGGCUGGCAAAGGGACAGGAGCCGCACGGCAAAGCACGGCGAGAUGGACGGCAGCUCCAAAGAGGCGCUGAUAGAGGAGGCACCUCCGAGGUACACGGCCUCCCCCCGCCUGCCCUGCAUCCCCCACCAGCUCAAGUGCCUCCUGAUCGUGGUGGUGGUGGUCGUCGUCCUCGUGGUGGUCAUCGUCGCCUUCCUCCUCCUGGGGCUGCACAUCACCGAGACGCACGCCGAAACGGUCUUGCGGAUGACCAUCCACGGCCUGGACGGCGAAGGGACCCCCCAGCACCUCUCCAUGAGCAAGAAGGAAAGGACCGGGACGUUUGCCGUGCGGGACGGGCUCAACGCGUCCGCCGUGGUGGUGUACGACUACAGCAAGCUGCUGGUCAGCUACAGGUCCUGGCGUCACCGCGCCUGCUACGUCACCCGCAUGGACAAGGACAACAUCCCGGGGCUGGACGCCAUCGCCAAGACCUUCCAGCAGCGGCAGGCUGAGAUGAAGGAGGCCGGGGACAGCGCUGUGCCCCUGGCCGACCGCUCCAUCCUGGGCACCACCGUUAACAUCCUCUGCAGCACCGUCCCCGUCUACUGGGCGUAGCGCCGGCUGGGGUCAGCUCCUGCGAGAGCACGGGACCGCAAGAUGGGGAUGUCACCAUUCCCACGCUCCCCACAUCGCCUUCCAGGCAGGAUGUCCAGGCAUCUCUCCUCCUCCCCGGCCCCAUCCCAUGUGCGGCCUGGGGGGCAGCCACCCCGCUGUCAGGGUGCUCCAUCCACACGCAACCGCUCGGCACUGCGGCUUUCCCACGGAGCUUGCGAUAAACGAGCGGGAUUUGCUUUGGGAUUCACGCUUCUGGCUGCAAAGUAAAGCCUGUGCCCCUGCCUCCAA